CUCUCUCCGCCCUCUCUCUCUGCGAGCAUGGAGGCCAUGAAGCUCCCGUACGACUGCCGGGGCAUGCCGGCUUACGAGACCGAGGUGGACGGCUGGACGGUCGGUCCCGUCCUCUCCAAGCUGCACAUGUCCGACGAGGGGCUGUAUGACCGAAUGCUCUCCACAGCCCGCGGCUCCCCGACGGCUGCAAUCGUGGUUGACGGCGAGGGCCGCAUCAUCGCACUGAAUGAGGCGUGGACGGCGCUUUGCGGCUACAGCCCAAACGAGGCGCUCCACCAGAGCCCCAAGAUCCUGCAGGGAGACGCGACCGACGCGGCCAAGGCGCGGCGCUUCUCCGACGAGGUCCGCGAGUGUGGCUCCGCCCGAACGAUCCUCGCCAACUACUCCAAGGGCGGCGAUCCGUUUGCCCACCAGCUGCGCAGCACAAAGGUGUGCAGCCGGCAGGGGGACUCCACGUACUACUUCACAGAGUCCGAGGCGGUGGCGGACAAGGCGAUCGAGCGGGCGGUGCUCGACGGGGAAGUGUAUCGGCUGAGCGGCGAGUCGGACGCCUUCGCCGCGCUCGGAGUCAUUACCCUCACAGCCUGCCUCCUCGGCCUCGCCCGCCUCGCCUCGCUGGCGGACGGCGCCUCGAUCGAGAUUUUCGCCACGCUCGGCGCCAUCAUCGUCCUCGGUGCGGGCGGCGCCCUCCUGCUGGGCGCGCACGAGGCGGCCAGCAUCGCGCUGCGCCAGGCGGGCCGCGUGUACGUCGUGGACGGGUACGACUAGCGAGGCCGCGCAGGCGCGCGCUUGAGGGCCCCCCCCCGUGCCGCGUGCUCAUCGGUUGAAGCCGCUGGCGGUGUGCCCGGAGCAAAAAGUAAUGUUGCAGCAUUGCUAGAUUGCUAGGUGCUAGGUGCGACUCGCCGCUCCUUGCGUGGAUGUGUCUCUUCUUUAAACACACCUACAAAC